AUGGAUACUAAUUUUGUUAAUGAAGAAGAUAUUGUUUAUGAAGAGGACCUUAAUAUAGAGCCAAAUAAUAUAUCUCCACCUGAACCUAAGGAUGAUGAAAUAUAUAUUACAAAGUCUAUGACUGUUAAAACAAUUAUUCACUCAUUAACACCAGUUGAAUACCCACCAACAAGCGAAGAAGGUGUUGCAAUUAUUUACCAAAUUCAGGGAUGGAAUAAUAAAGAAGCGGCAUUUACAGAUAUUCAAUAUUCCAUGCCAAAAGAUCUACCUCGAUUAAUUCAACCGGCCUUAUAG